CAAGGUAUGUUGUCUCAAGCUCAUCUGGCGUAUCUUAUCGCAGUCUACUCUGUGGGUUAAAUGGAUUAAACGGUAUCUGAUAAGAAAGGGCUCCUUCUGGAGCAUCAGUGACACAAGCUCUCUUGGUUCUUGGAUUUGGAAGAAGCUACUGAAGUAUAGAGCUCUGGCCAGAUCUUUUGUACAAGUAGAAAUAAGAAGUGGAACUACUACUUCUUUCUGGUUUGAUGAGUGGUCCCCCUUGGGGAGGAUAAUAGACCUCACAGAUAUACAAGGUUGCAUCGCGCUUGGGAUCAAUCUCAAUGCCACCGUCAAGUUUGUUAUCCAAAACUACCGGAGCCGCCGCUACAGAGCAGAGCACUUGAUUACCAUUGAUGAGGAGAUCCUGAAGUUGAGAGCCCAGGGGCUUACGGAAGAGGACGAUGUGGUUAAGUGGAAAGGGAAAGGCAAUGUGUUUCGACCUUGUUUCGACACACACCAAACUUGGAACUCUAUUCGAGUGGCGAAGUCAAAAGUUCAGUGGUAUAGGGGUCUCUGGUUCGCUGGAUCAACUCCAAAGUACUCUGUUAUGUCUUGGCUUGCUGUACAUAAUUGCCUGGCAACAGGAGAUAGGCUGCUGCAGUGGAACUCUCAGGCAAACGCUCAGUGUAUCCUCUGUAACUCUGCAGUCGAAUCCAGAAAUCAUCUUUUCUUUAGCUGCACUUUCACAGAGACUAUUUGGAGGAACCUCACAAGGAAGCUACUUGGACAGAACUACUCACACAUAUGGAGUGAAGUUCUUGAUCUUAUAUCGACACACACUGUCUCAGGGGAGACAAGGUUCCUCCUAAGAUAUGCUUUUCAAGUUUCAGUGCACAGUAUUUGGCUGGAGAGAAAUGGUAGGAGACACGGCAAGGUUCAGAGACCUCCGAGCAUUCUUAUCAAGUUCAUCGACAAGCAAAUACGAAAUCGAAUCAGUUCUCUCCGGGGACGAGCUGGAACAUCUUUCAACAACACGAUGGUGGUUUGGUUUUCGUCUAGAGAUUAAAUGGGUUCUAUUCCACUAAAUUAGUUUCAAAACUAUCAUACAAGUUUAGACUCAAGUUGCAUUAAUUUGUAAAAAAGUCUUUUUUGAUUUGAAUAAAUUUAACAUUCUUUCAAAAAAAAAAAAAAACAUUUUGAGCUAAAAGGAAUGUUAAAACGUAAAUAAUAAUAAAAAAAAUUUCGAGCAAAGCGCGGACUUAUUAAAUAUAAUGUCAAUGAUUCUCAACUAAUAAAAGGAUCUGGAAAAAAUGGAUUCGGGAAAUAAUUAAUGAUGGGUUAGAUCUGAUCUGGAGAGAAUUAAUUUACACAUGCUAACCAAGUUCGAGGUCAAUGUAUCUAGUCAAUAUAUAAAUCGUGGUUUCUUCAAAUCUUCUCGUCACUCCUCUUCUUUGGUUAUAUCUUUGAGUUGACUUUAAGAUUUCCAAGGAAGAUAAUGGAAAUGAAGCUGGAGGUUGUGGGGAGAGAAGUGAUCAAACCAGCUUCACCCUCACCUCAAGAUCUCCUUCAACUCUCCUUGGCUGAUGUCUCUGGUCCAGCUGCUUACGUUUCAACAAUCUUUUUCUACAAAACCGUCUCCGGAGAGUCUCUGGACAUCACCUCUGGGAGGCUUAAAACCUCUCUUUCGGACACUCUCUCACGUUUCUACCCUCUGGCUGGAAGAAUGGAAGGCGACAAAAUCAUCUGCAACGACGAAGGAGCCGUCUUCACCGAAGCACGCACAGAUCUUCUCCUCUCGGAUUUCCUCAAAAACAACCUCGAUAAUACCAACUCUCUUCCAGAAUUCCUCCCCACAAUUGCACCAGGUGAAUCUGCCGGGGCAUGGCCAUUGCUGAGUGCUAAGGUCAGUUUCUUCGGAUCCGGAUCAGGAUUUGCGGUCACCGUUUCCAUAUCUCACAGAAUCUGUGAUGCGUCCUCGAUCUUGACUUUUGUAAGUGGCUGGGCUGCUACAGCGAAAGCGGAAUCUAGUGACGUGGUGGUGAUGAAUAUUCCUACAUUUGCUUCAACUACCAUUUACCCUCCUCCUCCUUGCUCUUUCCAAAGUUCUUCACUGGAUGGGCUUUACGAGCCUAAAAGCAAGUGUGUAGCCAAUAGAUUCUUCUUUAAAUCCUCUAAGAUCGCUGAGCUCAAACGCAGAGCCAUGAGCGAGACUGUCCCGGUCCCCACACGUGUCGAAGUCAUCAUGUCACUUAUCUGGAGAUGUGCCACAAACUCCUCACGAUCCAACUCCGCUGUUCAAAAAUCUACGCUGAUGAUACAAGCCUUGGACUUGCGGCUUAGGAUUCCCCCUGCUGUUUUGUCCAAGGACGCAGUCGGAAACUUACAAGCGCCAUUCUUUCUCAAGGAAGGCUCAGAGAGCAAGAUGGAGAUUGCGGAAAUCGUAGCAGAAUUUAGAAAGGCCAAGGAAGUGGUCAACGAAAUGAUCAAAGAGAAUCUCGCAACCACGACACUCGGUCCGAACUUGUUGAGUCUUUUGGGGAAAUUAGCGUCCGAGUUAACACCAGACAUAGACUUAUUCCCAAUGUCUAGCUGGUGCAGAAAGCCUUUCUACGAGGUUGACUUCGGAUGUGGUAGUCCGGUCUGGAUUGGAUCAACUGGACAUGUCAUCCACAAUGCAGUGUUUGUGAUGCUGAUGGAUUCAAAAGAUGGUGAAGAUGUAGAAGCAUGGAUAAGUUUACCCGGGCAAGACAUGUCCGUUUUCGUCCGUGACCAAGAGGUGCUUGCUUAUGCAGUCAUUAAUCCUCCAGUCCUUAUCUAAACCUUUCGGAGAUAUAAUGAUAAUCCAUUUCCAAAAUUGCAUUGCAUGGGUUUUACUCUAAAUAUUUUCAUUUUAUUAAAAUUGAACUGUGCUUGAUUUAAUCAUUCUUCUUUCUUUCUUUUUUGUGUUGUUUUUUCUUGUAUGCUAUGAUUUAAAAAAAUAAAAUAAAAAAACAAUUUCAGUUUCCAAUAUCUUCUAAGGUGAAUUUGUUGUAUAUUCAUAAGAGUUAUUUAACUUCAAAUUUAGAGAAAUCAAUUAACUUCAAAUUUUAUUUAUUUUCUGCAUACAUAUAUGAAAUCUCAUUUGAUUAAGAAAUUAAACCAUACUAUACAAAAUUAUAAUAUAGUAUAUAUUUGAAAACUCGAUUUUCAUAGUCAAACAUGAUAUAUAUAUAUAUAUAUAUAUAUAUGUGUGUGUGUGUGUGUUUUAAAAUAUUCAAAACAUAUCAUAAAAAUAAAAAUCUAUGUUUUUAAUAAGUAAUUUGUAAAUUUUGAAUAAUGUUUUUCUAAGAAAUUUUAAGUAAUUAAAACUAAAAGAGGGAAACAUGUAAUAAGAAAAUUAAACUGUCUUCUUAAUUCUUAUAUUCCUUUACUAAAUUUUAAUAUUCUUAUGGUUAUGCGAUAAGAUUUCUCUAUCUUGUAAGUCUCUCCAGUUUUAUUAAAGUUAAUAUGUGCUUGACCUAAACAUUUCCUCUUCUUUUUUGGCUUUUUCUUGUAUGCUGUGAUUUGAUAAAAAAAAAAAACAAUGAGGGUGAUUUGUUGGAAUUUAUCUCCAUAUUUUAGCUUUAUUUCUUUUUAAAUCAUUAAACUUUAUCAAUUAUAUUGUAGUUUUAUUUUUAAAAGUUAAAGCCUAUAUCAAGUUUCUAUCAAUUUUUACUAAUCAUGCUUUAACUUUAUUUUUAAAGUUACAACAAAAAAAACAAAACAAUUUUUUUCUUAUGUAUCUUAAGCAAAAAACCUUCAUCCUCUUUUUAUAGGCUGUAGUAUCUAAAAAAUGAAAAACUAUCUAUAAUAUCAAAUAAAUUAGAUAAUCAUAAAUAAAAACAUUUAUGACUAUUUUAAUUUAAUUCAGGGUGUUUUUAAAAUUAUUAUAAUAUUUUAAAUAACAGAAAUAUUAUUUGCAUAUCACAUUUUAAAUAAUAGUAAACUUAGAUAAUUUAUAAAAAUAAUAUUAAUAUAAAUUAUUUAAUUGAUAAAAAUAAUUGUUUCAUAUAUAAAUUACAUGUUUCAAAUAUUUUAUUUUAAAAUAUCUACAGUCUAUAGCUUACAACUACAACAAAUUUAACUACAACAAACAUCUCUGUACAAAAAUCUACAGUAACAACUUUACUGCUACAAUCGACUUACCUACAGCUAAAUUUUUAUAGCUAGAGUCGAACCAAUCACCACCAAUAUUAGUUUCCAAUAUCUUGUAAGGCUAUACAUUCAUUUAAUAUUUGCAUUAUCAAAUUUUUGCCUUCCCUGAUCUAAAGAGAUCUAGCUUUUCCAUUUUUCUCACAAAUCAAAAAGAUAAUUAAUAUAUCAAUAAGUAGUGUUUAAAGAUAAAUACAAUUACUUAUAAGAUCAAUAGAUUUUUUUGAUUAAUAUCAUGAGUAAAGUAAAUAUAAAUUGUAUUAAAUUGUAAAGUGACAUUUUUUGUGUAAUAAUAAAAAAAAAUGUAAAAAUAACAUUUUUUGCAAAAUAGAAAGGAAGUAUAAAUGUUUGACAAAAAAAAAGGAAGUAUAAACAAAUAAUAUGCAUAGAAGUUAAAUUUCCUUUGAUGAUAAGUUAAUGUUAUUGCUUAAUUAUACCGAAUCUCUCUGUGUAUAAAUAUAUAUCAAUACAAUACUAAAAGGAGGAUAUAAAUCAUGGAGAGGGUGUCCAUGUAGGAUAGAAAAAUCAAGCAAUCAAAUAGUCCGAAGUUGCCAUGUCAUCUCAUUUAUUUUUUCGUAAAAAAUGAAAAAACAAUGGGAAAGAAAUGAUCGAACCCGGGUUAAUAUGACUUAAAUAUAUGACAAUUA